UAUCAACAAAAUAUAUACAUAGCAGUUUACUUACCAGUCAAACUAACAAACUACCAUUCUUCUACGAUUUCAACAAAAUGUUAUUUCAUUUCUCAAACUUUUUGCAUAUCAUAGUCUUGGCUUCUCUUUUCAGUCUCUGAAAAACCUUUUUUCAUUGAACAGCGAAGCUAUGGCAAGGAAUAAGAGUUUACAAGCCAAACUGGUACUUCUGGGGGACAUGGGAACUGGGAAGACGAGUUUGGUUCUUAGAUUUGUCAAAGGUCAAUUUUCGGAUUACCAGGAAUCGACAAUUGGAGCAGCAUUUUUUACUCAGGUUUUGUCAUUAAAUGAAGCAACUGUGAAAUUUGAUAUAUGGGACACAGCAGGGCAGGAACGAUACCACAGUUUGGCUCCUAUGUAU